AUGCCUCGCACAUACAAACCACGGGCUAGACAAUAUAAAAAAUACGAUGAAGAGACGAUAAAUAUUGCACUUAGAGAAUACGAAACAUCAAAUUGUUCGUUGACAGAUAUUAGUGCAAAAUAUAAUAUUUCUAAAUCUGUUUUACACAGGCAAAACACAAGAUUCAUGAAGAAGCAAGGUGGUCAGACGGUAUUAACUGACGAGGAAGAAGCAUAUAUUAUAGAAAAUAUAAAUUAUUGUUCUGAGUGGGGAUAUCCGUUAGACACCUAUGAUUUGCGAAUUUUGGUUAAAGGAUACUUAGAUAGUAUAGGUGUGAAUAUAAAAAAGUUUAAAGAUAAUCUACCAGAUCCUGACUAUGUAAAAAGUUUCCUAAAAAGAAACCAAGACAAAAUUUCACUAAGAAUAAGUCAGAACAUUAAACGAUCACGCGCGACAGUUUCACGCGAAGUUGUAGAAGAAUAUUUUACUCAUCUUGAGAAAUCUAUAGCAGGAGUACCUUUAUCUAACAUAAUAAAUUAUGACGAGACGAACCUCUCGGACGACCCUGGUAGGAGAAAAGUUCUUACAAAAAGAGGUGCCAAAUACCCAGAGAGGGUCAUGAACCACAGUAAAGCCUCAAUAUCAUUAAUGAUGGCAGCAUCUGCGGAUGGUGUACUUCUCCCUUGUUAUGUGGUGUACAAAGCAAAACAUUUGUACGAAUCUUGGAUUGAGCAGGGGCCAAAGGGGUGUCGAUACAAUUGUACCUCGUCUGGAUGGUUUGACAGUAACACUUUUGAGGAUUGGGUUCGUACCAUCGCAUUAUCAUAUUUUAAUGGCAAAGACGGAAAGAAGAUUCUCAUUGGAGAUAAUCUUUCAUCCCAUUUAUCUUUGGAUUUGAUACGAGAACGCAAAGAAAAAAACGUGCAUUUCAUUUUCCUUCCUCCAAAUUCAACACACUUGACGCAGCCUCUAGAUGUUGCAUUCUUUAGACCCACCAAAGGAGCCUGGAGAGAUACUUUAUUUUUGUGGAAAAAAACUGAAGGCCGAAUUUUGCCGACCAUUCCCAAAAGUGUUUUUCCCAGUCUACUGAAAAAAUUGAUCAGUCGCAUAGAAGGUCAAGCUAUGUCUAAUAUAUUGGCAGGGUUUAUGAAAACUGGCAUAAGUCCAUUAAAUAAAAAAAAAGUUCUCGAAAGAUUACCAGGAAAUAUUGUUCGUGAUGAGGAAAACUUCCGUAAAGAUGCUAUUGAUGACACAGUUAUUGCCAUGUUAAAAGAAAUGCGAUAUGGCAAUAAUAAUAACAAAUUGUCUUAUAGAAGAAGAAAAAAUUGA